AUGUCCUGUGGGAUUAUAGACAAACAGAAACUGUUUUGUGAUUUCGUGGAGCUAAUUUGGAAGUAUAAUUUGGAGCGGUUAGCCGAAAUGAACGGGGUUUGGUCUCUAUGGGGCUCGUGGGGCAGUUGUUCCGUGACGUGUGCAGACGGCAUCGUGCAGCGAACGCGCCAAUGUGACCAUCCUCCAGUUCUGCAUGGAGGAAAAGCUUGUCCGGGAGACGCGCUCCAGACCAGACCAUGCACUCUCCCGCAAUGUCCAAUUGAUGGUGUUUGGAUGGCGUGGGAGCCGUGGUUGUCGUGUUCAGUAACGUGUGGGGAAGGAACACACAUCAGAAGCAGAGCGUGUAAAGGCCCGUUCUAUGGUGGUAAAGAAUGUCCCGGAAGUCAGACACAGACUGAAGUUUGUAAAGAUCUAGAAUGCCCAAUUGACGGUUAUUGGCACGACUGGGCUGAGUGGGAUCCGUGUAACGUGACCUGUGGGGGAGGUCGGCAGAAACGGGAACGAGUGUGUGUUGAACCCCAAUAUGAUGGAAAGGCGUGCAACGGUUCAGCUGUUGAAAGGAGGGAUUGUAACACGAACAGCUGUCCAGUCGAUGGCCAUUGGAUGGACUGGGGAUCAUGGGGCACGUGCGAUGUCUCGUGCGGCGGUGGCAUGCAAAAACGAAUUCGCGAGUGUUACAAAGGGCAAUACGGCGGAACUAACUGUGUUGGUGGACUUCCCGAAGAAGAGAGGCAAUGCAAUUUGCAGAAAUGUCCAGUCGAUGGUGUGUGGGAUCUCUGGGGUGUGUGGUCCAUCUGCACCGUCACCUGCGGCAACGGCACUCAAACACGCUCUCGCACAUGUCGUGGGCCGUUUUAUGGCGGGCGGGACUGCGAUGGCUCUAACACAGACACGAGGCACUGCAAUACACAACCUUGUCCAGUGGAUGGCAUUUGGAAAGCAUGGGCGUCAUGGUCUAAUUGUGACGUCACUUGUAGUAAUGGUACCAAGAUGCGAAAGCGAGCAUGCGCAGGACCCUACUUUGGGGGCAAGAACUGCUCAGGUCCAUUUGAUGAAAUUGCCCAUUGCUUUCUGCGUCAUUGUCCAGUGGACGGGACGUGGCAGACGUGGGGUUCGUGGUCGACGUGCUCGGUGUCGUGUGGGGGAGGAUCUAUGUCACGCUACAGGUCAUGUGACGGACCGAUCCACGGAGGAGAGGAAUGUGCUGGAAACCACACUGAGACCCAGAUAUGUGGAUCAAGGCCGUGUCCAAUUGACGGUCUGUGGGAAGCCUGGUCUUCCUACACCUCGUGCAGUACCACGUGUGGAGGAGGAAUUCAGUUUCGCUACCGCACAUGCGUACCUCCUAAAUAUGGCGGUACAGACUGUGAAGGGGCACCGGAAGAAAAUCAAAGCUGCAGUGACAAUCCAUGUCCAGUGGACGGUGUGUUUGCGGCCUGGACAGACUGGAGCACGUGCAGCAGAACGUGCGGGGGUGGUGAGACUGUGAGGACGAGGACCUGCACAGAACCAUUACACGGAGGUUCCAACUGUUUUGGAGCGUGGAGACAAAACGACACGUGCAAUACACAACCGUGUCCUGGUAUCCCAGUCUUUAUUUUUGUCCAGCAUUCAGUAUCAUUAUAUCGAUUAGUAUAGUAUGAUGAUUGUUUUCAAUUGUAUGUAUUAUAUGUUUUGAUGUUACUUGAAUCUAAUAUACUGUAAUAACGACUGCGUUGAAAUCUAGAGCAUAUAAAUACUAGUAUAACAAAUAAAAGGAAAUAUUAGCAAACUGUAAUUGCAUCAAUUAAACAAUAUAAUUAGCAUCACUGAAAACAAGUAUAGGAUUGAAUCUAAUUUGUUUUGCAUACACGAUACCUUAGCUGUUGGAUGAAUUUUUAUUAACGUUUUGAUCAAACUUUGACAGUCCAAAUAUAUUGCAGUGCAAAGCUAUAAAGACCUGAGACCGAGAAGGCUGUAGCAUUACCUGAUGCCAAACGUAUUUACUUUUACAACCCUGCAACGUCACAAAUACAAUUAUAAUUUACUUUUCUUGUUUUCUUUUUUCGGGAUAUUUAUUAUUAUAUGUUUAUUUGUAUUUACUGUAGCUAAAUGUAUAGUAGAAUAAUAAUAUACACCGUUCAAUAAGCUAUUUCUCAUUAUAAUUAUAAGAAUGGUAAAAAUUAACUGGAACGAGAAAUAUGUUAAAUUUAAUAUUUUGAGCAUCUUGACCUACAGAACUAGUUACAAAGAUCGGAACGAAAAAGCUGUCGUGUAGUGCUAUACCAAACAAAUGUGUACAAAGACCUGUCGGUGACAACAGCAAGUGUGCUUAGUGUAAAUGGCGGAAGCCAUUAUGAACACUAAGUUUAAGGAUGAAAUUUAAAGACUAAACAUGCUGCAUUAUCAAAUUAUAAAAGGAAAAAGAACAAAUGAGAUGGGAUGAUAAUAAUAUAUUUUAUGCUUGCACUUAGUGUUUAUUUGUUUUAUUUUUGACAGUGUUGUGUUGUAAUAUGUUAUUGAUUUCAGUUUUGUUGUCUUGUGUGUUUAUGUUUGCUCAUGCAGUGUUUCGUCUUAAUAAAAAUCACACAGGCUAAAUUGUGUGAAAAUGUUAUAAAACUUAUGUGAUAUAUUUAUAUUACUGUAUAAUGUAGAAUCAUAUAAUGAAAUGCAUUUAAACUGUUUUAUUUAUUUGUUUGUAGUUUUGUCAUGGAUGUUUUUCUUGUAUAAAGA